UGAACGUCAAUGACUGGUCAGGUUCUCCAAACUGUCUUGUGAUUGGUUAGAUUUGUGGAAGUAUAGCAGCGGGUAGUACAAUAACGUGACUUCAUAUUGUUUGUUUUAUGUUUUACUGUUUUAAUAACUUAUUUUUAUAUAGCUGUCUUCGGGAACAGUUGUAAAAUCUGUGUCUGUAUAUUUUUUGAAUAAGGUGUUACAAGAUAGCUGCAUAUUAUUGUGACAGAGUUAGCUUAGCGGGCUAACUUCCCAUUGGAACCACGAUAGUUAGCAUUAGCGUCCAAGGAGCUACAACAACAACAGUAGUAGCUUCACCGAGAGACGAGCAUGAAUUGCCCACCCACAAAACGCCUCAGAGGCCUUAACCAGGAUGUUGUGACAGCAGUUGCAUCUGAUGACCCUUUUGGAGAUGAUGAGGAAUUCACCCAGGAUGACUUCGAUGAAAUAGACAUCAUCGCCUCACAGGCCUUCACUUCGGCAGUAGCAGCAUCCACACCGAACGAGCCAGCGCCUGGGUCCACCUGGACAUCCUCUGCAGGCCAAAACAAAUCUGCAAAAGGGUCAAACAGGGGAGACUCCUACAGACUCCUGGAGGCCCAGCAUGCAGAGCUGAAGAGGAAGUUAAACGAGGUGGAAGAGGAGAUUCUGUUGAAGAGCGGCGAGAUCCGUGUCCUGAGAGACUCUCUGAAAGCAGCUCAGCAAGAAAAGGAAACUCAGAGACAGAACCAGGUUCUCCUGGAGACUCAGAGGCAGCGAGAGCAGAGCGACAGGGAGAAGGAGCUCAACAAGAAGGUUCUGUCUCUGCAGUCUGAGCUGCAGUUUAAAGAAGCAGAAAUCAAUGAGAUGAAGACCAAACUUCUCAGUUCAGACAAAAACAAGACUAGUCCUAAAGUGCUCAGCACUCUCACCCAGAUGCAUCAGAUGAGUGGCAGCUCCUCCUCCUCUCCAAUAGGAAACGGUUUCAUCACCAAGGAGACAUUUGGAGCGCAGAUUUCAUCACGAGUGACGCCGGUGAAAACUCUGAGAGAUGCAGCAGACAGAGGAGUAUCUAAGAGAAGAACUGGUGAUGGACAGGAUAUUUCUCAUCCAGAUCCGUUCCUGUCUGCCAGACGUGCAAAGAUGCAGCACAAAGGAGGCGUCCUGCUUGGGGUGCUGCUGCAGCAGCCAUUGGUUCCUAGCAGCCUUGGUCUCUCCCACCUGCUGUCGAUGAGUGUGGCUGAAUAUAGUCAGCUGUCCAUCAGCCCUCAGCUCCACUCUGAUCCCCUAGAGGGCGCCAGCACCGUUGGAGCCAACAGAGCUCCUCUGAGUUUGGUCCAAAGCCUGGCUGCGACCGGACUCAACCUGCUGAGCCAGAGUCAAACGACCAUCGCCGUCAGCAACAGAGACAACAGGUCAUGUCCUGGAGCGGUCUUCCUGCUUCCUCUGUUAGAUCUUCAUCUUUCUCAGCUCUGUUGCACUUUAGAGUCUCUUGGCUCCUCUUCCACUGGGAUUUAUGGGUCAGACUCCACCACUACCAGCUCAAUCCCAGCGGGCCAAACAGAGUCUCCUGUACUGGGGAGACUGGAUGAGGCUGGCAUCACAGGUUUCAGAGUGGAGGACACUGGCUUGACAGCACUCAAGCUUCUUUACCUACUUUUGGCCCAAAGUGAUGAGGUGGUGGAAGCGGUGUUGUUGAGGAAGAACCAGACUACAGGCAAGACUGAUCGCUCUGAUGCACACAUGGGCCUUUGCUCCCAGAAUGCCUUGCUGCAGUCGUUGCUCCACUUGUGUGACGCGCGUCUCAGUGGUAACAGCGCUCAGAAAGAGAAGCUCUUCCUUAACGCUUUGAAGACGCUGUGUAUCCUCAUAAAACGGACACCUCCCACGCACUCUGACAGGCUCCAGUGUGUGUUGCAGGUGGUAUGUCUGUGUUUAGCACAAGACACCAGGGUGCAGACGGUUUCAGAGUGUGUGUCUGUUCUCACAGCCAUGUCUGACCAUCCGACUCUGGCCAAGCAGCUCUGUUCCCAACACGAUACUUGUAUUUUUCUUAAGUUGUUCCAUUUGAUUCGGACCAGACCAGAUACACUAGCUACACAUGCCGACUGGAUUUUGCUGGACCUGCAGGUUGUGCGCUUGUUGAGCCGAGUGACUCAGAGAACAGAGAGCUGGACAAGCAGCAAGUCAAGCCCCUGCCAGUGUUACAGUGAGUUGGUUCAGGCGGUUGUAAUCAUUUUCCAUCGUCAGUGGUUGGAUAUUCGCGGCUCUCAAGAGCAAACCUCUGCAUCCAGCUCGUCUUGCUGGAGCGGCCCAGCCGCAUCACUUCUCAGAGAGUCUCUGCUGCUUCUACAUUGGCUGCUGCUGCAUCACACGAGCUUCUCUGAAAGCUGCCGGCCGGUGUUGCACAUGUAUGACCAGAUGAUCCCUGCUGUGCGUGAAACAUUGAGCAAGAUCUCUGAUCUGAGUGACAGCGAAGAGCUGGCCUUGGAGGAGAUCUGCCGCUCCGACGCCGAUGACACCGACGAUAUGGACACUGACGUCGCCUCGUAGCCUGGUGCUGCUGCUGAAAUAUGAACGACCGCCUACAGGCUGAUCAAAUAAUUCAGAAUAAGAUCAGGUCAGAACAGAAACUUUGUGUUAAGCACUUUAUCUGAUGUAAACACAACAAAAAUGAUGGAUCAGAGCUGAGCUUUGACAGAAGUAUCAAAGAAUCAUUUUGCUUUUUGAUGGAUUUAAUAAAAAAUUAGAUGAAUGAAUCAGAGCUUUC